CUUUGUUCCUCACUCCUGGAUACUCUGUUUAUCUUUCUCUUAGAGAUCAGUGCCCAGAACAGAACAUAAUGUCCAAAUGUGUUCUGAAGGUUUGAGAAUGUGGAAGACCACAGUCUCUACAGAAAAAAUGAUAAGGACCCUGGUGACCAAGCAUCCAGUGCUUCUGUUGCUAUUGGUGCAGCUACUACAGCCACUAAUACCGGACCGAGAAUAUUUGCGUGUAUCAAGAGAAAACAGAGAUGAAUAUGAUGAAAUUUUGGCGGGAUUUUAUGGUAAAGGGCCUACGAGAUCUUACACCAAAGAAAAAUUCGAAAAGUUUAGCAUUAUUGCGCCUGGAAGACCAUUGUCUGAUUCCAGCUAUUGUGAUGACAUAAUCAAGGAAAGAAAUGUUCAACACAGGCUAAACUGUAUGACAGAACAUUAUUUUGUCAUUAUGGAAUACAGUGAAAUGCAAACUCUCUGUUACUCGAAGUAUGCACCAUGUAAGAAUGGAGUUAAGAAAUGUAACAGGAGCAGGCGUCUAGUAGAUGGACUAUAUUGUAAACUCACAGGAGAAGCUAAACUGCCAGAUUGUAAGUAUGAAUCAGUUGAGAGGCGAGGAUAUGUCCUUUUCACUUGUCGAUGGCAAGAUGAUAUUAAAAAACUUGUUCCUAAGAAGAUAAAUGAUAUUAUGGUGCCAUCUCGACGGUAAACCUCCUUAGACAAACAAGAUCAUUUUGUCAAAAGUGAGGGUGAAAACAUCUACCCUAAGAAAGGAAAAGAUAACUUUCACAAUGAGGAAGAAUAUUCUCUAAAAAAAACAAACAGUGGCACACCCCUUAAUCCCAGGGACUCAGGAGCCUGAGGCAUAAGCCUCAGAUGUUCAAGUUCAAAGCCAAGUCAGUUGGAGCAACUUACCUAGCACCUGUCUCAAAACAAGAAGGGCUGGGGAUGUAGCUCAGUGGUAGAGUACCCCUGGGUUCUAUCCCCAGUAAUCAAUAAAAAAAAAAAAUGUGUGAAGACAUCACCCUGUUCAUGCUGAUCCUCACCAAUCAAACCUAAGAACAGUAUCUUUGAUUCCAUUCAUAGUCAUCAUCUCCUCAUCCACCUCGUUCCCUGCCCCAAUAGCACUCAGAGGCAACAUAGGCCAGGUUCAAGACAGGUGGCUCUACACAGGUCACAAAGUUCAGAACGUUUGAAUAAGCCGUGACCCAGGAAGCCUGCAGUCAGAGGAUGGCCAGCUGUAAGAGGACAGGGAAUGGUGCCUACUGUGCUCCAAUGGCUGCAUCACGGGAUUCUCCAGUUUAGCAGCAAAAAUAAAGUGCUUCAAUCUAGAGCUGUGGCUCACCUUUGCUUA